AUGUUGUUCGAUUUCGUGUCCGAUUUCGUGUCCAAUAUUGUAUCAAGUGCUGGGCAACAGCUUCGCUUGAUUUUCAAGCGAGAUGAGGAUCUGGAGAAGAUUCGGCAAACUCUCACCACUGUAAAAGACUUCAUUCUUGAUGCUGAGGAGAAGCAGGAGAGCGAUCUUGCCUUGAAAGAGUGGAUAAUUCAGGUGGAAGACGUUGUUUACGAUGCAGACGACUUACUGGAUGAAAUUGACCAUGAAAUCCUGGGCGAGAAGGUGCGUGCUCAGGGACAGGAACCCGGGGUGCAUACUCGGAAAAAGGUACGCAAAUUAAUUUCGUCUUUUGAGAUGGGCCCUAGAAUUAAGAAAAUUAGAGGGAGGCUGGACAAGGCUGCAGCAGACAUUUCUACGUUCAACUUGAGGAAGAGAGUUGUAGAACAGGAUAAGAAAGCUAAGCAUAUUUACAGGGAGACUGCCUCAAAGGUGAGAUCGGAAUUAAUAAUAGGGAGAGAGAAAGAUAAAGAGCUUAUUAUAGAAUCAUUGUUGAAGAAGCAAAAUGAUCGUCAUGGCGACAUCAUCCCCAUUGUUGCCAUUGUUGGGUUUGGAGGUUUGGGAAAGACCUCGCUCGCCCAGUUGGUGUAUAAUGAUGCAAAAGUAGAAAGUUACUUUCAGAGACGAAUAUGGGUGUGUGUUUCUGAAGAAUUUAAUGUUGGUAUAAUUUUUAAAAAAAUCUUGGAGUCUCUUGAAGGUGAUAAAGUGAAUGACUUGUGUCUAGAUAUUUAUGUAGACAAGCUUCAAGAAAAAUUAAAAGGGAAGAAAUAUUUACUUGUGUUAGAUGAUGUGUGGAACGAAAAUAAUUUAGAGUGGGAUAAAUUUUCACAGUAUCUAGUGUUUGGUGCUUCCGGAAGCAAAAUUCUUGUGACGACUCGAAAUAAGACAGUUUCAUCUACUAUGGGGGUGCAUGAUCCUUACCUUUUAAAAGGUCUCAAUGAGGAUCAAUCUUGGGCUUUGUUUAACCGGGUGGCAUUUCAAGGACAAGAUCAAAUCGAUUCAGACCUUAGAGUAAUUGGAGAAGAUGUUGCACGAAAAUGCAAAGGAGUUCCUCUUGCUCUCAAAUGUUUAGGAGGUUUGAUGAGACAAAAGCCUAAUAAAAAUUAUUGGUUGUCUGUCCAAGAAAAUGGAAUCUGGAAGAUACUUGAAAAAGAUGAUAGUAUUUUCCCAGUGUUACAAUUGAGUUACAUUCACUUACCAAGACAUUUAAAACAAUGUUUUGUUUUUUGUUCACUAUUCCCAAAAGACUUCAAGAUAUCUAAAGCCAAGUUGAUCCAAUCAUGGCGAGCACAAGGUUACAUUCAAUUAAUGGAAAAUGAGAAUGUACAAGACAUUGGUGAUGAAUACUUUAAUGAUUUGCUGUCAAGAUCAUUUUUUCAAGAGGAGGAGAAAGAUGCAUAUGGGAAUAUCAUCUGUUGUAAAAUGCAUGACCUUAUCCAUGAUCUUGCAUUAUUAGUUAAAGGUCAUCAUUUUCAUUGGAUGAAAGACGAAAAAGAAAAAAUUUCAAAAAGAGCUCGACAUGUGUCAUCAAAAACAAAUUCCAAAGAAGUUGUUUUGACUUUAUUGAAAACAAAAGAGAUAAGGACUAUAUUUUUUCGGGCACACAUUGUCGAGGAUUUAUUUCUUCAAAAUGUAACUUUUUCGAGCUUUAAUUGUUUACGAAUGUUGAAUUUGAGUAAGAUGCGCAUUGAUAUUUUACCAGAUUCAAUUGGUGAAUUGAAGCAUUUGAGAUAUCUUGAUCUUUGUUCUAAUAACAAGAUGAAAGUGCUCCCAGAUACAAUAACCAAAUUGCACCAUUUGCAAACUCUAUUACUCAAAUAUUGCACCCGUCUUGAAGAAUUACCAAGAGAUAUACAACACUUGAUUAGUUUGGAAUAUCUCAAUGUUGAUGAUUGUCAAGCCCUAAAGUACUUGUCAAAAGGGUUAGGGGAAUUGACUUUGUUACAAAGAUUGGACAGAUUUAUUGUGAACAGUGUUGAAGAAAGUUUCUCAACUGCAGCCACGUUGAAUGAGUUGAGGGACUUAAAUGGCCUUAGAAAUAGCUUAACAAUUGAACACUUAGGAAAGGUGAGGAAUGUGGAGUUAGAAUCUAAGGAGGUGAAUUUAAAGAGAAAAAAACGGCUUCAGUCUUUGAAAUUAUGUUGGAGAUCUUCCUUGCAUUGGAGCCCUUCCUCUCCAGCAACAGUGGCAAGUGAAAAGGAUGAGUCGUUGUUAAAUAAUCUUGAGCCGCACCCGAAUUUGAAAGAGCUGAAGGUAUUCGAUUAUGGAGGAGCAAGGUUUUCGAGUUGGCUAUCUUCGUUGACUAAUUUAGUCAAACUUACAAUAGCAUGUUUUUGGAAUUGCCAACGUCUACCACCCUUGGAUCAUUUUUCAUCUCUCAAGUCUCUCACUCUUUACCGUUCCAAUGCUUUUAAACACCUGCCAACUUUGGAUCAUCUUUCAUCUCUUGAGUCUCUUUCUCUUACAGGGUUACGUGCUUUAGAACACCUGCCACUCUUGGAUCAUCUUUCAUCUCUAAAGUAUCUUGUACUUGAGGAGUUAAAUGCUUUAGAAUAUGUGGCAGAUUCUUUCCCUUUGCCCUGUUCCACGUCAAGAAAACCAUUCUUCCCAUCGCUUAAGAAACUUAAGAUCGAAUUCUGUGACAAUCUCAAAGGAUGGUGGAGGACAAAGAAUGAGAACCAAGGAUCAACCGCUCAGCUGCCUUGCUUUCCUUGCCUUUCCAAGAUAGAUAUAUCCAAGUGUCCAAACUUAACCUCCAUGCCGCUGUUUCCUUCUCUCGACCAAGAUUUGACUUUGUGGGGUACUAGUGUAAGGCCUUUGCAGCAAACAUUGAAGAUGAACAUGACUGAGGCUAGCAUGACAUCAGAAAAAGCAUCAUCAUCAUCAGGGAGCACUUGUCAUUCAUAUUUUUCAACUACCCUUCCUCUCUCCAAUUUGAAGCAUCUGAGUCUUAUUGACAUUAAGGAUUUAGAAGUUCUGUCAGAAGAGUUCCUACUGGCGUACUACCCUAAAUUGGAAUCGCGGCAGCUACAAAAGAUGAGCUGCCUCACCUCUUUACAAGAAUUGUGGGUCAAAAAUUACCCUAAUCUGAUGGCUUUGUCGAACUGGAUACUCAAUCUUACCUCCCUUGAAACACUUCGAAUUAGGGGGUGCCUUGAAUUACAGUACAUGCCAGAAGGGACCCCUCAGCUUACAUCUUUAGAAGAAUUAUCAGUUCAGAACUGUCUUAAUCUGGUGGCUUUGCCUGACUGGAUACUCAAUCUCACUUCCCUUAGAAGUCUUCAAAUUGAGGAGUGCCUUGAUUUACAGUACAUACCAGAAGGGACGCAUCAGCUUACCUCUUUAAAAGAAUUGUUCGUAGGGAAAUGCCCUAAUCUGAGGGCUUUGCCAGACUGGAUACUCAAUCUCACUUCCCUUAAAACACUUCGAAUUCAAGGGUGCAUUGAAUUACAGUACAUGCCAAAAGGGACGCAUCAACUUGCCUCUUUAAAAGAAUUAUUCGUAGAGAAAUGCCUUAAUCUGAGGGCUUUGCCAGACUGGAUACUCAAUCUCACUUCCCUUGAAACACUUCGAAUUCAGGGGUGCCUUAAAUUACAAUAUAUGCCAGAAGGGACACAUCAGCUUACCUCUUUAAAAAGAUUGUUCGUAAACAAUUGCCCUAAUUUGAGGGCUUUGCCUGACUGGAUACUCAAUCUCACUUCCCUUAAAACACUUCAAAUUUGGGAGUGCUUUCAAUUACAGUACAUGCCAGAAGGGACACCUCAGCUUCCAUCUUUAGAAGAAUUAAUUGUUUACUGUCUUAAUUUGAAGGCUUUGCAAGACUGGAUACUGAAUCUCACUUCCCUCAAAGAUCUUUAUAUUUGCGAGUGCCUUGAAUCACCGUACUUCCAAGAAGGGAUGCAGAGCCUCACCUCUUUACAACGAUUGAUAGUUGAAUAUUGCCCUAAUCUGAGUUCUUCGAGACAUUCUCUCAAAACACUUCUAAUUCGGGGGUGCCCUGAGUUUUACUACUGGAGAACGUUGCAUCCUUUUUCCUCUUUAGAAGAAUUGAAUGUUCAAAGUUGCCCUAAUCUGGGGAAAUUGUUGUAUCGUAUAUCACUUUUUUUCACUCACCUCAAAACACUUAAGAUUUGUAAGUGCCUUGAAUUACAAGACUUGCCAAAAGAGAUGGAUGACCUUACCUCUUUACAAGUAUUGUCAAUCAGUGAUUGUCCCCAAUUGUCUAAAAGAUGUGAAAAGAAGAUCGGAAUCCUGUGGCCUCGCAUUGCUCGCAUCCCUUCUAUUAUAGUUGAUGGGCAACAGAUUCAAUGA